GCUAUAUAAGUCGGCUUCCCCGCAUAAAAAUCGAAACAACAGGAUCAAGUUUGCCUUCUUCGCGUCUCUGUUUCGUGCGCAAAAUAUUGGAGUGAGUAUGAGUGUGCCUUGCUCGGACCAGGAUUUUAGGCCGAUGAAGGGGAAGAAUGCAAGCUUGCCACCGGGGGUGAGAGCAGAGAGGUGUUGGUGCGGCCGCCUUGCGAAGGUGAAGGAGGUGGUUGAUUUUUCUGAUAAGUUCGGCAUGAAAUAUUUCAUGUGCGCGAGCUAUGAUCAUGAUCCACCCAGGCAAACAAGUUCAUCGUCCUCGAGGCCUGCGUCUCCCCCGCCCCUUUGCAUGUGGUUUCAUUGGAUAGACCAGGAGCAGCCGGAUUGGGCACGCCGUGAGGUGGAGGAAAAACAGCGGCGUGCAUGGGCAAUGUUCCAUGAGGAAGAGCGUUUUGAAAAGGCUAUUGCUAAUGAUAAAGCAGAAAGAGAGAGACAGAUACAAAAAUUAAGGGCGGAGCAAGCUCGAAAUCGUGAGGUGAAUCAGAAGAGGAUGGAUGAUGAGGCUGCACGAAGGUAUGCAGAGGAAGAGGUGCGCAGAGAGGCCCGUGAAGCGGAGAGAAAGAGAUUAAGGGAAAGAGCUGCCGAGGCGCAAGCGGCAGAAGAGAAAUGA